AUGGCCGUGAACCUGAGUCGGAAUGGGUCGGCCCUGCAGGAGGCCUACCGGCAAGUGGUCACCGAGAAGUCACCCACGGACUGGGCCUUAUUUACUUACGAAGGCAACAGCAAUGACAUCCGUGUGGCUGGCACUGGAGAAGGUGGCCUGGAAGAGAUGGUGGAGGAACUAAACAGUGGGAAAGUGAUGUAUGCUUUCUGCAGGGUGAAGGACCCCAACUCCGGCUUACCCAAAUUUGUCCUGGUCAACUGGACGGGGGAAGGAGUGAAUGAUGUGCGAAAGGGAGCCUGCGCCAACCACGUCAGCACCAUGGCCAACUUCCUAAAGGGGGCUCACGUGACCAUCAAUGCUCGGGCCGAGGAGGAUGUUGAACCGGAAUCCAUCAUGCAGAAGGUUGCCAAAGCUUCGGGAGCAAACUAUAAUUUCCACAAAGAGAGUAGCCGCUUCCAAGACUCGGGCCCCCAGGCACCAGUGGGCUCCGUGUACCAAAAAACCAAUGCUGUGUCUGAGAUCAAAAGGGUUGGUAAAGACAGCUUCUGGGCUAAAGCAGAGAAAGAUGAGGAGAAUCGGCGGCUGGAGGAGAAGCGCCGGGCAGAGGAGGAGCGCCAGCGAUUGGAGCAGGAACGUAGGGAGCGAGAGCUGCAAGAAGCGGCCAUCCGAGAGCGGCGCUACCAGGAACAUGCCCAUGAGAUUGACACCCAGAGAAAGUAUGAGCAGGAGCAAGAGAAGAUUUCAAAGGAGCAACAGGAAGCAGCGUCUUAUCGACCAACAAACCCACGCGAUAUUUUUAAGCAGAAGGAGAGAGCGAUGUCCACGACGUCCAUCCUGAGCUCUCAGCCAGGCAAGAUUCAGAGCCCUUUCCUGCAGAGGCAGCACACCCAGCCAGAAGUCUCUAUGACAAGAGAACCCAGCCCAGCCUCCCCAGGACUUGGAACAAAUUUCCAAGUGCAGCAGGACUUGGGUGCUGCUCGUUCUCCAGGGCAGGCAGAAGAAAGUUUUUUUGAGAAGCCCCCAGAACAUGAUCAUCUUUAUGAGGAGACCCCACAGGUUGAGGAAGAUGCUGCCUAUGACUACACGGACCACUACAAGCCAGGACCUGAGUUGGGCCAGAAGGGGCUUUGUGCCAGGGCCCUGUAUGACUACCAGGCUGCUGAUGACACAGAGAUCUCCUUUGACCCUGAAAACCUCAUCACGGGAAUUGAAGUGAUUGACGAGGGCUGGUGGCGGGGCUAUGGCCCAGAUGGCCACUUUGGCAUGUUUCCUGCUAACUACGUGGAGCUAAUUGAGUAAGGGCUGCCCAUUGCUGGAGUCGUGAAGGCCAUAGCCGGACUCUCCUUCACUCGACUGACGCGGCUUGGGACCUGCCUGACGAGAGACAAGAGGCUGGGGUGGCGCAAGGGCACCCCGUGAGCCACCCCCUCCGAAACGCUUUCUCCUCGCUGAAGAAGUGGUGAGGCGAGACCUGUUGGCGCCUUUCCAGGCUUUGGGGUCCCUUCUGCUGGCCUAUAGUUUGGUCUGUCUCCCCAAUUACAGCAAUAACUUUGUGAUUUCAUGUCCUUACAAGGAGGCCUGGGCCGCCUCACCUGCCAGUUUCUCUAAACUUCUAUCCCUUUUGGUGGCAAUUAAGCCAAGCCUCUUCCCCUCACAGCCUCUGAGCCCUCCUGGCUUUGAUGGGGACAAGUGGCUGCAGGCCUCCGAAGUCCCGGGGGCCUUUUCAUUUUCCUCUGCCUUCAAAGGGGGCCUGGCUGCAGUGCUUGUUACUAGAGACCUUUGGGUAGAAUGAAUUUAGGAAGUGUUCUUAUUUUCACAUAUGACCAAAACCAACCUGGGUUGCCAUGGUUUGGAGGCAGUUUGGGGCUUUGUUUUGGGGUUUGAUUUUAUUUUUUAAUCUUUCGCUCUCUCCAUUCCAUUCUUCUGUUCCCUCAGCCCCAGUGGGGGUGGGCUAAGGCUAACAGCUUACACCUGUGGAGCACAUGAAUCAGAUUUGUGAACAUUUCUGCAAACACAACACACCCUUCAAUGUGAUUCUCCGUUUGCUGUGUAACGUGGGCCUCUUUUUUUUUUUUUAAACCCAAACCUUUCGUCUUAGAAUUGAUACAGUAUAUUGGUUCCAAGACA